CACAUCGCGCUGCAGAGGCCGGCGGGGGCAGCCGCACUGCCUCGCGCCCCGGGGACCCAGGCCAGCUGCCAGGCCGCGCGGGCGCCGCCCCCUGCUCCCGGACAGACUGCGCGGCCGGUCCGAGCUCUGGGGGCUCCGGGGCCCCGCGGCCCGCACCCGCUACGCCUCCGCUCUCUGCCCGCAGCUCGGUCCCGCGCUGCCCGCCUGGCCGGGCCCGCGCCGGGAUGGGGUAGGGACAGCGCCACGGAGUCCGCGAUGGGCCGCCCUCUGGGCACCGAGCAGCCCCCCGAGGCCUGACCCACCGCGAGGACCGGCGGAGGAGCCCCGCCUGGAUGUCAAACGGAUGCCCGGGUGCCUCCCAGCGGACUCGGUGGGGACCAUGGCUUCACUAAUGCCCCUCUCCCCAUAUCUAAGCCCCACGGUCCUCCUGCUGGUCAGUUGCGACCUGGGCUUUGUGCGAGCAGACCGGCCUCCGUCUCCUGUGAAUGUGACAGUCACUCACCUCAGAGCCAACUCGGCCACUGUGUCCUGGGACGUCCCAGAAGGCAACAUCGUCAUUGGCUACUCCAUUUCCCAGCAACGACAGAAUGGCCCUGGGCAACGUGUGAUCCGAGAGGUGAACACCACGACUCGGGCCUGUGCUCUCUGGGGCCUGGCUGAAGACAGUGACUACACAGUGCAGGUCAGGAGCAUCGGCCUCCGGGGAGAGAGCCCCCCAGGGCCGCGGGUGCACUUCCGAACUCUCAAGGGGUCUGACCGGCUACCCUCCAACAGCUCAAGCCCAGGUGACAUCACAGUGGAGGGUCUGGAUGGAGAGCGACCACUGCAGACGGGGGAGGUGGUCAUCAUUGUGGUGGUGUUGCUCAUGUGGGCUGCUGUAAUCGGGCUAUUCUGCCGUCAGUAUGACAUCAUCAAGGACAAUGACUCCAACAACAACCCCAAGGAGAAGGGGAAGGGACCGGAACAGAGUCCUCAGGGAAGGCCAGUGGGGACAAGACAGAAAAAGUCACCAUCCAUCAAUACUAUUGACGUAUGAGAGAAGAAGCAGAACCAGAAGAUGGAUGCACUAAUAAUCUGGGGCUGGGGCUGGGGUCAGGGAGUGCCCAAGAUGGUGAUCUGCCCAAGACUGAAGGAUCCCACAGUUUCCCAGAGGGUAAUGGCAUUCCCACAAUCUCAGGCCUGGUAUCCAUCCUCUUUCCACUGUGAGCAGGGCCAGAAGGUAGGUCUGUUAGGCUCUGAGCCCCUGGACCUGGGGAGUGGAUAUCAGAUGGGAUAUAUCCUUCCACCCCCCAGGUCCAGAGGAGAGUCACUUGUUCAACCCUAACCCAUUAGGUCCCAAAUGGGGCCCCCAUUUCACCUGCAUCAGGACCCUUGGCAUCCCCAGCUGCGCCCACAUCUUGCCUCCGGGUCUCAGAGAGCAGUAUUUCUGUGGGUACUCCCCCUCCCCCAGAAAAUAAAAAGGACUGUCUGGGUCUGGAGGCAGACGCUGCACCGCACUACUCCAACGUCUUCCAUGGAGCCUCAGGUGCUCCCCUCUCACGGGCAGCCCCUCCAGCUGCUGGUGGUUUCACCCCUUGGACAUUUUUCCAAUAAAGGUUCUUGGACAAACUGCA